UACAUAAACCUUAUCCUGGGGCCAGCUUUAUCCCUGCUCUAAAUCCAUCCCCUGGAAGAGAAAUAAUAAAAAAAAACCACAUCACCCUUUUUAUCUUCCCUUUCUGCUGCAGCUGGAUUGUCUGUACAUUAAUAGAUUACAUUCCGGAUUUGAAGCAGAUUUAACUGGAUUCAUUCCUGUAAAAGGCCAUUCUGACUUUUUGUAAGGUUCUUGAGAACAUCGCCUUUGCCUUUUUGACAAGGAUCUAUUAUCAAUUACUACCUUCAAGUGAUUUGUUUAGAAGCUGCGAACAAAAGAGGUAUUUACAUGGGCCGCACUGGCACAACUGCCCUAUAUGCUAAUUAGAACUGCCUCAACGUGCUUCUAUAUAAAAACCUCCCAAACCUCUUCAGAGUUGGAACAUUCAAAUUGGAAUCAAAUUCUUGCAGCACAUUUGAAUCCCUGAGCUCCAGUUGGAGUUUUAUGCAAAGCAGGAAAUCAGCAGAGCGUUAUAGGAGUGUGCAAAUAUCACAUCUCUGGUUGUCCGGCGCAGACCUUGGUGCAGAACAUUCUCUAAGGGCUUCUUCCAUAUAAAGCUGCAAAAAUGGAUGAGAUGGACGUUCCCCAGAUGAAGAAGGAAGUAGAGAGUCUGAAAUACCAACUGGCCUUUAAGAGAGAGAUGUCUUCAAAAUCCAUUCCUGAGUUGCUAAAGUGGAUCGAGGAGGGCGUACCUAACGACCCCUUCCUGAAUCCAGAGCUUAUGAAGAGCAACCCAUGGGUAGAAAGAGGAAAAUGCAGCAUCCUGUGAAGAGGAAGUUUAUUUCUUUUCUAAUCCUUACCAGAAACGUAACAUCUAUUCUGAAUGUACUUUUUAAAACACUAUAACAGUAGGCUAUAUUUAAUCAGAUAAUACUCACAGAAGGUAACUGAAUUUUUUCUUUCUCUCCAGCGUCAGCGAUUAUGGGUAACAACGCUUAAUAAAAAAUAAAAAAAGCAGAUUGCUUUUUUCUACAAUUUGAGGUAAAAUGAAAAUUGCAAACUAGGCAGUGAAAUUCGAGUUUUUCUUUGAAACCGAGAUUGGAUUACAUAGGACAUGGACGUAGGUUUGUUACUGCUGAUAGCUACAUUUGUAUGACAGCAAUAACAGCACUGUACUUAUGCAACCAUAGGAAGAAAUAUCCUCUAUAUACUGUAACUUCAAGAUUAUGCACUAUAGAAUUGUUCUCCUUACUGUAACAUAAGAGAACAUAGAAUCAAAUUGCCCUGUCUUAUUAGUAGCCUUUGACCCAGUUAUCUAGUAAAUUAAUUUUUAAAUAAAAAAACAUUUAUUAUUUUGUCCUAACAAUAUACAGUUUACCUGUUAAAUGUUUUGUUGUUCGAAAGAUGAAUUACGUUUAAAACUUUUAAAAAUGAAAAAAAAAAAAAAAAAAAAAUCUUUUAUAAAAACAAAACUAUUUUCGCCUAGAACACAUUUGUAUAUUUUAGAAUAUUCCGUGUGGUAGACAAUAAAGGCGCUAAUUCGGGGACUUUGUAUGCUGAAAUAAAGAAAACGGCAACUGAUGAAAAAGAUA